AUGGGUUUCCGAGUCUGUUGGCAGAGACUCUGAUGUUUAUGUCAACAACAGGAAAGGCUGCUACUGUUGUGGUUGGGUCUCUUAUCGGGUCAUACGCUCUGUGGAAAUGUCUCAGUAAUCAUCCAACUUCUAAUCUCAAGUCAACUGAAUCUACAGGCUCACAUGAAUAUCUUCACAAGCUGGUAAGCAAGGACAAAGUUGUUGUCUUCAUGAAAGGCGACCCUCUGAAUCCCAGGUGUCGUUACAGCAAGCAAUUGGUUGAUAUCUUGAAAGAGUACGGUGUGAACAAAUAUGCUUCUUACGAUGUACUGAAGGAUCCAGCAAUGAGGAGUGGUAUCAAGAAGUACUCUGAUUGGCCUACAUUACCUCAACUUUUCUUCAAAGGGCAGUUUGUGGGUGGAGUCGACAUUGUUACAGAAAUGCAUCACAAUGGGCAGCUCGGUGAGGAGCUUAGGAAGGCAGGAAUUCGAUCGAAGUUGGCUGAGAAACAGGAAUUGCAACAGCUGGGUAUACGUACAGCUUUGUUGGAGAAACACAAAUUUUACAGAAAUAAGUAGACUUGUAUGUAGACUGUCAUAAGGAUGUACAAAACAAACCUUUGGGUAAUCAAUAUCUGCAGUUGAAUUUGGUAAUGGUAGAAAUUAGAGAAUUCUGUUAAUUUAGAGAUUUACUGUUUGUAAUUUUUCAUAUUUUUGCCGUCUGUCCAUGCCAACUGCCAAAUUCUUAUUCAUACAUCAUGGCAUACCUAACUCUUUCAGAGAACAUUUGACCUACUGGGUGAAUCAAGUUUUAUAGCGAAUUAUAUUAUACUAGCUGUAUAGGGUUGGUUAUAAUAUUGAUGAUGAAUAUUGAUGACACUUCUGUUCAUUUCUUGCAUGUCUAAGGUGUUAUUGACCACAUCAUUGUCUUUGCGUGCUAAGAGGCGGGAGCUUAUAACAAGUGAUCAAGAGAGGUCUCACCUGAAGAUCACUUGCAAUUGCUCUUUGUGUGUGUGCGUGUGUAAAGACCUUGUCGUUUCAAAGACUUUACUUUGUUUGAAGAACAUACCGUUCCAAGACUUUUGUUACUCAAGAUGGUAGUAAACAUAUUUGUAACAUACUGAGAAUGAGGGUACGAGCCGAAGUUCUUAGAGCUGAAGGAGAAGCUCAAUGAACGAUUCGGCUCAGACGUAGACGUUCAAGGAAAAGAGACCGAAGAGGAGACUGGGUGGUUGGAAGUACAGGUUGUGGGUGGUAAACUGUUGCAUUCUAAGAAGAAUGGAGAUGGCUUUAUCGACACUGAAGAAAAGCUGCAGAAGAUUUUUCAAGGUGUCGAGCAAGCUAUGGGGAAAAAAUCUCAAAGUUGAUCUAGCUAGCCAAUAGUCAAUAUGAACUGAAAGAUUCUUUCUGCAAGUAACUGUGUGCUCGUUUGUGAUGGGUUCUACUCAAACCAGUGACAGUAGAGCCUUGAUGUCAUGAGCUUCAGCUGCAUAGCAGAUUGGUUUCUUAUUUGCUAGAAAGGAAGUGUUUACUUUGACACGGUUAGCCAAUAGAUUAUAAGAUUCUCACAA